AUGAACACAGUCGACAUAGGACGGUGCAGCAAACGCAUCGUACAGUAUCUCUGGGACCCAGAGCCCAGGAAUGAUGAAGAUCCUACUUCCUCGAUAUGGUGCCUAGGAACAGAGUAUCACCCCGAGAAGGAUGUCAGCCCAAGGGGGGAGACACCCGACAAGAACAGCGCCCGAGAUUACGCGACGGGAACGACCAACUAUCGGAAACCAUCAGAACAUGCGUGGCCCGAGUCGUUCCUGUUGGAUUUUGAAUCAAGAAUCUGGAUGACAUAUAGGUCCAAUUUCCCCCCGAUACCCAGAGUCGAGGGAGACGACAAGAGUGCAUCUAUGACACUGGGGAGCCUGCUGGCAAAUGCACUAUCUACGUUGGUCCUAGGACGUGACUGGCGCCGUGGAGUGAGGUUCGAGGAAGAGUCACAGCUACUGUCUCUUUUCGCCGACACACCAACUGCCCCCUUCUCUGUACAUCGGUUCGUCAAGCAUGGCGCCGAAUCGUGUGGGAAGUUCCCAGGGGAAUGGUUUGGGCCCUCCGCAACGGCUAAGUGCAUAGAAGCACUUUCGUCACAGUGUGGAAGUCCUACACUCAAAGUCUAUGUCUCUAAUGAUACAUCGGAAGUUUACCAGGACAGGUUCAUGAAUGUCGCCCGAAACUCUACCGGUGUCUUUCAGCCUACCCUGAUACUGCUGGGAACAAGGCUCGGCAUCGACCAUAUCACUCCAGUCUAUUGGGAUGGCCUAAAAGCCACAUUGCAGUUCCCUCAAUCAGUCGGAAUUGCAGGGGGACGCCCGUCGGCGUCACACUACUUUGUUGGAGCCCAAGGGUCACAUCUAUUCUAUCUAGAUCCACAUUAUACCCGCCCUGCGCUUCCGGAUCGCCAAGGAGGCGAACUAUACUCAAAAGAGGAGGUUGAUACUUAUCAUACACGGCGCUUGAGAAGGAUUCACGUGCGGGACAUGGAUCCGAGCAUGCUUAUAGGCUUCCUCAUCCGAGACCAGGAAGAUUGGGACGACUGGUUAAACCGCAUACAAGCCGUCAAGGGACGGCCGAUAAUCCAUGUACUCAAGCAGAUGAAUCCUGGCCACGAUCAGGAAGCAGAAGCACUUGACCAGGUUGAAGCGCUGGAUGAUAUCGAAUAGCUCUUGCUGUCAAUACAUUUAGACGGAUUAACCUUAGUACCCAGCCUAGAAACGAUGCACCACUGCGUUCCAAUCUUAUAGACAUGCAACUAGGCAAUUUGAUAUUCGAAUUCUGUUGAGGAAGGUAAACCCGCGCAACCAACCCCACAUCCGAGUUAUGUUACACCGCAUUCACGUCACAAAAAAAAAGCAACCAUAAACAUUUGGCCCAAGGGGAAAAAAGAAAUAAAGCCAUCCCAUGACACAUUAGAAUCCCGCAAACACCCUGUAACCCACCACCUCAAAACCGUAACAGAUGACGAGGUAGCAAAAGAACAAUCCUGCAGAAAGAAAACAAAGAAAGGAAAAUGCUUAUUUGGCAGACGACGAGUACUUCGUGACAGCC